AUGUUUGAUAUUUUUUUAUGUUGCAGCCAUAGUAGUUUUAAUGAGUUUUCACAAGAGGAAAAGGAAGAAAUUCGAAUUGAAUGUGCCACAGAAAAGGUUUGGCAGGAAAGCAGUCCAAAAGAAACUUUUCAGAACUCAAUUAAUGAUUUGAGGAGAGCAGAGAGAGAGGCUCUGGAAAUCGUUGAAAAGGCAAAGAAAAAUAGAAGAGAAUAUUUGCGGCAAGCAGAGGCUGCUGCUAGAGAAAUCAUUAAGCCUUACUAUGAUCUUGCAGACCAGGAAUUUAAAGAAAUUGAAAUUUCACUUAAUAAAGAACUCCAUAUAAAAUCUUUGGAAAAUGCAUUGGACAUACAGAAAGAUUCAGAUCAUAUGGACGAGAUUGAACUAGAAGAAAGAAAGAAUGAGGUUAUAGAAUAUAUAUACUCUAAGAUUUCAGACGUAAAGUUGGUGCUAGAGAAUCCGAAGUUUGUCAAGAGUCAACUGGAGAGGCACAAAAUUAGUAAGACUCAUCACAAAAAACACCAUAUUAGGAAUAAGUUCAUGUCUUGGAGGAGUAGAGAUGACACAGAAAAGAAAAAGAAAGCAAGUAAGUCAAAAAACAAAUAUAAAAAAAUAAGUAAGGAAAAAGUAAUAUCUUUCUGUGUUGAAAAAAAUGAUUCAUCCAUGUCAACCAUAGAGUUAGAUGAGGACUACUCAAAGAUAGAUAAUUUAUAUGGAGCAUCUCGAGUUGUUAAUUCUUUUAACACAAUACAUUUGAAUUAG